AGAAGGAGUUUAUGUUGUAAGAUUAUGCACAGACGCCUUUCUGCAGUUCUCAUUCGACGGCCGUAAGCUACGCGCAUACGCACUACCUUAUACAACUUUUAUAACUGUGUUUAUGAGUGACAGCACGAUGAAAUUAAAAUUAACCAACGAGGUAAGAAGCUCAGUCAACUUGCUUCAUAAAGCUCCUGUAUCUUCUGUAAAGGAAGAGCGUCGUCGGAACGGCAGAUAUGUGGCUAUCCUUGUUGGGAUAUGUCUGUUUCUUCUUGCUAUAUACCACGCAUGGGUGAGAAGGAUACCAGUGGUGGCUAGUCUUGUUGUACCAGCACUUAUAAUGUUCGUAUAUGUUGGUUGGGUCCUGUUCACGGCGUCGAGAGAUAAACGAAAAUUUUUAGACGCUGAGGCGGCUUUGAAUGCAGCAGCAGCACAAGAAAAUGCAGAAAAUGAAAGUCACAUAAUGGAAAUAAGUCCUACUAAUAUAGAAAUAUCGGGAACAUCCAGCAAGCCAAAUGUUAAGAUAGACUCAUCCGGUCGAGAAAAAGCACCAGUCUCUAGAAACACUGAUGUGAAAACUGAAGAAAAGACAGUAUGUUUUGUCAAACCUAUAAUCUUAGUUAACGAUAAAUUACCUGAAGAUUUUGAUCAGAAGUGGACGAACCUCGUUCAAACUGUCACAACAAGCGAAAGACAGAAAGGAUAUCCCAGAAGAAAGUUUAAGAGAAAGUUCUGUAGGAGCCGAAGACAUGCCGCAUUCAAGAGAUCCUACUCCAUUGGCUAACGGAAUAUUGUGAAGGCGCCAACUAAAUAACGUUAAGAUAACAAAGCUUUAACUAAGCAAAGAGCAAAGCAAAGGGUUGCCCCUAGAUAUCUUGUAUGUAUACUACAAAGGUUAACUCAUUGCCUAUCCAUCAACUUAUAUGUAAAAUUUAUUCAAGAAACAUUUGUUGAAGUAUUUUAUCUCAUGCAAAGGUUUAUUGAUUAUUAUAAAACUUAAAAUUCAUGAAGUUCAUAUUAUAGAUUUCUUUAAUAAUAUAUAAAUAGUUUAGUUAAAAGAGCGAAUUUGUUAAUGUAUGAAUUAUAAAAGUAGAUAAAUAGAAGUGUAAUUUACAAAAGAAAAAUAUGCUCCUUGUAACUCAUGUCUUAUUUAAUUUUAGUAAUAAAUCAUU